UUCAAUACGUAACUCUUAAACUUCUGUACAGCUGCCAGCGCAGGUAGAUGGGUCUUUACCCUUUGUGUAGUUUUAGCAUAACUUAAUCCAUUUCGCCGCGAAUUGGACACGAAAAGUUCUUAUGGAGAUUCUUUUUGAGAGUUUAGGUCCUGGUGUGCAUUGCUAUUCCCCUUUUCUCAAAUCACCUGUCAGUGAUACGAGUUUGAACUUAGAAGAGCUUUGUAAAAGUGUCAUAUUGAAAUGUGUUACACUUCGGCGGUUAUCAACAGCUCUGAAAAAAUUGCCAUUACCCAAACGCUUGUUGAGAUUCAUUAUUGAGCUCACUACAUCAGAUUUUGAAAAAAUUGAAUGUGCACCUUUCAGCGAUGCCUUCAGUUUCAAUUUUUUCCAUAGAGCUUUAACGUAUCGAGUUCUGUGUGUUCGAGAUGGACAGGAAUACAUGAUUACGUACGGUUACAGUCCGGUCGAGGAACAUAAUCUUGACCACGAACAAUGGGUUAACGUGCAGCACAAGAAUGUAAUGUGCAUUUGGGCGUCUGUAAAGGAUAUGUCAACGGAAAAUAUUUUUUAUGUUUAUGAUCAACCUAGUGUCUCUUUCGAGCAAAUGUGGAGUGUUUUUUGCGAAAGGGAUUUACCUAUUCCUGAAGUGUUUUUCUGGCGCGUAACAGCUGAUCUUAGUGAAGCACUGAAAUAUAUAUUAUCAAAUGGAUUGCAAUAUUGUCAUUUUGGUUUGGACAACAUUUUUAUUGUUCGAGACAGUUUAAUGCUAGAAAACGGGUUAUUGCGCAAACGCACAAAAUGCAUGAAUUGUGUAACGGAACAAAAUAUGAUCGAAAGUAUUAUUUGCAUUUUGAAACUUCUGUUACAGAGUUACACACAUCAGAAUUUUUUUUAUGCUCAAAUUUCUCUCAACUUGGUGAAUGUUAUAGAAAAAAAGAACACGUUAGAAGAGAUUCUUAAAUUUAUACACAUUUCGCGUUAUGAUUUAAAGGCAUUUUCUUUUGUGAAUCUUAUACAACGUUUUCAAGAUUAAGACUUGUAAAGAUUCGUUUCAGUUAUUUAUUCUUAUAUUUGUAUGUGAUAUUUGAUUCAAUGCUUUUAAAUGCAUCUUUUAUACAGCACAUGAUGUUUUAUUCAUCGUAUUUUGGUUUAUACCAUGAACAAUAAAUUAUUAAUUUGGUUAAUAACAAGAACAGUUUCCUGUAAAUUUGAUGACAUCCCUUAAAAUUUGUGUUUUGUAGCUGAAUUAAGCAACGUGCUUGAUAAGCUUGAGUAACUAUAUCAUGUUAAUGAAAGUAUUAAUUGUCAAAUGAAAUAUAUGAAAACAAAGGCCCAAAUUGUAAAAUUAGUUUAAAUUAGUUAAAAAUAGUUUAAAAAUUUUAACUCCGGGUGUGAAAGAUGUUACUUUUUAUUUAUAUUAUAAUUAUUAAUUUUUUUCCUUCUUCUUUCUGAAGUAUUGACGAUAGAAGAUCAUUUUAAACAAGAGAAGCUACAAUGCCUUAAUUUGCAGUUUAAGUUGUUUCAUUUCACAUUUUUUAAAUAAUAUGUCAUUUUUUAACAAAUAAACAGUUAAUUAAUCAACAAAUGUUAAUUACCUAAUCAUACUUGUCAUAUUACCUAAAUUUCAUUGGCUGUAGAUUUUUUUCCUAUUGUCAUCUGUUUAAAAGCUUGCUUUUAAUAAUUAUUGUAUAAAGGUAAACAAAGGAUUUUUAAGAAUCAUCCCCUGUGUUUUUUUUUGGGGGGGAAGGGAUUAUUUUAAAAGUUUUUAAAAUUUUUUACUUAAGAGUAGUCUAAUCUUUUUUUUUUUUUUUUUUUUUUUAGCCAGGACUACAAAAUGGGAACAAAUUGUUACAGAAAUAUUACAUAAUAAUUAUGAAAUUAAAAGAGUAAUGCUCAAUGAAAGAAAAAUGGGUUUCAUGAAUCCCCAUGACACUUCCUUUGUAAUUGUUUCAUAUUACAGGAGUGAAACGACAGAGAAACGUGUACUUAGGAUAUAACAACAGGCAAAAUGUUCGAGAAGUUCCAGAUAAAGGAUAAGAAGCAAAUGUCAACAAAACGCAAUUAGGAAAUAGUUUCUUGAUGGUGAAGAGGGAUUAGAAUGGGGAUUAUUAACCAGAAGCGAAAAAUGUCUAUGAAUGUGAAACGCCCUUGGAAAUCUAAUUCCUGGAGUUUCCAUAACUGCACACAACACUGAUCUUUUAACAUUAUUUUUCGGAUGGUGGCUCCAUCCCUCGAAAAUUAGUCUAAGCAAUUCCUCAUGACGACAAAAAUUGAAGAUCACUAAACUAGGACGAAACAAAUGUACAACAGAAAUUGAAGCCAACUGACUACUGUGUAUCGAGUUAUUUAAUCUCUAUUAAAACUGACAAGACAAUCAUCAGGAAUCUGUGUUUCAGGUUAUGCUGCAUAAAACAUGGAUUUCUUCCCCUCCCCCCUGUUUUCUUGUUCCAAAUUUCGUUUCGAAGCGGUUUUGAUCAAACAGGCAAACUCAGCCUCAGAAAUAUUGUAAUGCUUGUAAGCCAAAGCUCAGAAUAAAUUUUAAAAAUAUGUUAUCAAUGUGUUUUGUCUAAAGUGAUAACUCGCUGUGAAGCGUUGGUAAGUAAAGAUUCCAGAGUUGUUAGUGCUGUAUUUUGUUAACCAGUUAAUCUUUUUAGCUCUCUUUCGUCUCCAUUAAGCCCGCUCAGUACUGAAAUAUUUGGAUUAAUUACUAAAUAAAAGAACUUAUGAAGAGAACAACGAUGUCAUUGUAUCCACCAGCGGUCCGAGCGGUAAAGUCGUGAAUACUUUCAGUUUUCUUGUUUUUCCCCGAGUGUAACGUGGAUACGAACCAGUUCCUAUGGAAGUCCUUCAAGAGUCGCCUAACCGGGAUAGUGGUUAGCGACGCUGACUGCCGUACCGAAGAGCCCCGGAUUCGAAUUUCGGAGAAGGCAUGGACGUUUGUAAAUAUAUAGUGUCUGUGCGGCAGGGGGGACUCUAAAUAUGCGGCGAGUCGAAAUUCCUGUCUAGAGGUUAGUGGUAGGAGAAGAGUAGUGGAAAACCCUCGGACCCGUUUCACCCUCGCGUUGCUCUCCAUCAAAAUUGGGGGCGGAACUGAGCGCAAUCGUACUGUCACCUGUAUGAUGCUUAAGGCUCUUCUCAAUAGCAGGUGCAACAUUGCUCUCCUUGCCACGCUGCAUUCCUGGGCUUGUUCUGAUGUUACUGUCAGAAAAACGAGAUUGUCGCCCUCGUGGCCUAAUGGAUAAGGCAUCGGUUUCCUAAACCGGGGAUUGUGGGUUUGACUCCCACCGAGGGUACUGAGUGUAUUUUUUUUUUUUUUUAUUUUGUUAUAUCUUCACUAUGCAUUUAUGUUUACUGUUAUUUUAUACUCCUAAUAUGUAUACACUACACAUGAGUGACUCUCAAAUUCUGUGAGCUAAGGCAUUUCUUUACCACGCCAUUUGCUUAUCUGCGCAUUUACCUUCGCCAAGGCCUGCACCGCAGGUGUGUUUCUGUUGGACUCAUUUAUGUGCUCACCCAGACUGUGAACUGUUCUGAACUUCCAUUUUCUUCGAUAAGACCCAUAAACUGUUCGAACUUACAAAGAAUCGAAAGUCGGAAAUCAUUAUACCGGGAUAGCGUCUACACGCGGGCACCCGUAACUGCGAACCUCAUCGAGUUUGCCUGAGCCGACAAGUGAGACAAGUCACAACAAUUACAACGCAGUCUUUCACGAAGGCAUCUCUCUCCUUAGGCAAAUAGCUGUCGUGUGCUUUGCCGUAAUCAAUACAUCCACCUUAAACUGUGUUAAGAGCUGAUGCCAUCUAUUGACGGAAAAAUGAACGAAACGCAACUAAGAAAUAAAUUCUUUCGAAUUCACUUUAAUGCUAUGGUUUUUUGCAACGAUUUCGAGUGCUUUAACCCAACUCUGGUUCACGCUAGAUGGGCCAAACAUAUAUUAUCAUUGUGUGCUUAGAUUUUUAAAAAAAUACUCUAAAUAAAGCGAAAAGAAUUGAAUAAUAAAAAAAGAAAUUAUGAAGAAAGAAAAAUUAAAACAAAUGACUUAGAACCUAAGAGCGAAAAAAAAAAAAAAAAAAAAAAAAAAUUAGAAGCCGAAUUCCCACUCCGAGUGCUUUUGUCACAAAGCUACACUACUACGCGCAGCAGGCACCUGUAAGACAAUAAAAUUUAUUCAUAUAUCAUAUCCUGUCAAUUCCUAGUUUGAGUGUUAAUAUAUGUUUCAAAUCUUCUUCUCUAUCACAUCAAUUUGAAGGCUUGUUAAAGCAGAAUAUUUGCAAACAGGUCAUGAGCACUGGCAUCAUAUUCUUUCAUCUUCCAUAAACUCCAAAUCAGCUGUUGAUUUGUUAAAGCAGAAUAUUUGCAAACAGGUCAUGAGCACUGGCAUCAUAUUCUUUCAUCUUCCAUAAACUCCAAAUCAGCUGUUGAUUUGUUAAAGCAGAAUAUUUGCAAACAGGUCAUGAGCACUGGCAUCAUAUUCUUUCAUCUUCCAUAAACUCCAAAUCAGCAGGAUUUCAGUCUUUUAAUCUUUUGUAAAUGAUAGUCUUCUAACCUCAUAUUAUUAGCCAAAUAGGGAAAAAGCACUUUUAUACUACCACAAGAAAAAACAUUCUUUUGCUGAGAUUGAUUUUUAAGAAUUUAGUAGGUAACCAAUUUUUUUCCUUCUGAUAAAUUGCAAAAUUCCACGAAUUUUCUACAGGUUUUAAUUUUUACAUCAGUUUUUCUGAUACUAAUAAAAUUCGCAGCAUGGUACUUAACAAUUCUGCGCUAGAUCUGAACUCCUGAGGUACCUAAAAUACUCCUUGCAAAUUAAUAUACAUUUAUAAUGCAAAGAGAGUCUUGAAAUUUUACAGCCCACCAGCGGCCGAGCUUAAAAGUCGCUGAACACUGGUGGUUCCAACUUGAGUUCGAUUCCAGAGGAACGUGCUAGUUGCAUGGGCGUUUUUGUGGUUUUCCCCAUGUGUAACGUGUAUGCGAGCCAAUUUUCCUUAGAAAGUCUUUCACGAAGGCAUCUCUCCCCUCAAGCAGAUAGCCUUAGUGUGUUCUGCUGUAAUCCCAAUAAACCAAACCAAACCAAACCUGAAAUUCAUGAUUGUUCCGUGAAACUGAUAGAAGUAAAUGAUCUGAGCAUGAAACUUAAUAUAAGGCAUGAUACAUAAUGGCAAAAGUAUUAAUUUUCGUAAUACAAUCUUUCGUCGAAAACCAAGUAGAAAUAAAUGUUUGUGACAUGCCGGAUAUCUUCCAAAGCGUACGCUAAUCACUCAGUCGUCACUGUGAUAUGUUUAUUGCAAUUGAUAGUCGUUCAUUUAAAUAAUUCUUGUAAAUAUCGAGCAUUAUUACAUUACCUGUGAUUAGAAUGAUUUCCCGUUUUCUGUGCUCUUCCUACUUACUCUGUAUCCGCUUUAACCUUUCACAUUCCAUCAAGAACUGCGUACGAAGUACUGUAUAACUACUGCAAUACCAAUACACUGCUGUAUUAUGAAACUGCCUUUCACUUUACAAAAGUCAUAGCAGUUUUUCUUGUAGUUAAUAACAUAUUACUUUUCUUUUCUGAGAAAAUGAUAGUUAAGUUAGCAAUUAACUAGAUAGCUCUAGAAAAACACCUUGUAAAUUCAUUUUAAUUUCGUUGCACAAACUAACAUUUUUGCAUAACGUAAUGAAGAAAAAGUGCACAGCCAUUAACAAAUAAUUAGGGGUUAUAUAUGUAUAUUUAUAUCUACAUUACUAUACUUACAUAUACAGUCUUGAUAACCGGGCAAAGAUGGAAAUGUCGAAUAACAUGGAGCUACUGGGGAUUAGUUAAUAAAGUAUGAGCCAUCUUGGCACAAUACGAAAUAGACAUAAUUACUGAAAUCAGAAUGCAAUUUUACAUUAUUAAGUCCUCAGCAGUGAAGUUAUUCAUCAGGCAAUAGAGAUUAAGCCCGUUAACCCGUUAUAAUACACGGGGUAGAUUAUAAUAAAAAAAAAAAAAAAAAAAAAAAGUAUCUAUUAUCAUGGAUAUUAAAAAAAAAAUAAAACACAUUUAAAAAAGUGAUAAGUUUCAAGAACUUGCUUCGCAAAAAAAAAAAAAAAAAAAAAAAAAAAAAAAAAAAAAAAAAAAAAAAAAAAAAAAAAAAAAAA